AUGCAGCGUGUUCUACAGGAUGAAGCACAACGUUUGGCAGAAGACAGCUUCUUCGAACGACCCACCAAACUAGAAACUGUCCAAGGAAUGAUUCUCCUGGCCGCUUACUCCGAAAAGACAUGGUUCUCUAUUGCUCUCAUUCUUCGCACCGCCUUGGAUUCUGGGUUGGAGAAAUCUUUGGACACUUUGUUGUCCCAAGAAAAUGUACCCCGAAGUUCGCUUUCGGCUUCUAUGGCUGAACGUGAACUGGUAUGGAAGACUAGGACCUGGUUAAUCACUUUCAUCUUGGAAUUGGACGUUGCAUCUGGUACAGGACGUAAAUCACGCAUUGCCGAGGUCGACGUGGUAAAGCUGCGCAGGUUCCUUGACUAUCCCCUCUCCCUGCCCUGCGAUAUGCGUACAGUGUGUAUCAUUGAGCUUCAUCAACUUCGAGGUAAUUCUCGUGUGAUAAUUGACAACACUUCAAGUACUAGCGAUAUUGUGUCCACAGAACUACCGGCCAUUAUGACAAGAUUGCAAAACUGGUGGACGACGUGGGAUGAGAUCCAUGAAAGGGCUUUUCAACGCAGCAGCCUCAAGCUUAUGCUUCACUACGCCAGGAUUUUUGUUUUCUGUGCUUCACUGGCACGGAUUCAAAAAUUACCACCGACGUACACGGACUCGGGCACGGAAAUGCUCGACCAGGAUGUGAUGGACCUAUGGCAGUCCCUUGUGACGACCAUCAUGGAACAAUUAAGUUUUUUGAUUAACGAGCCAUCUUACCGCUGUCAAUUACCCUGGGCGCCAACGUAUCCAGCUCUCACGAUCGCUUUCAUCACAACAUUCGCUCUUCGGAUCGCUAGAUGGCGUCCGAAUCUGAUCAACCAAGGUCUUCUACUUGCACGAGCAGAAAGGAUCUGCGAUUUCCUCAAACAACCCCCAUAUCCCGAUAUCCACCGGACUGUCUCCAUCUUCGUGAACUAUGCACGCGCCUUGAUUGCCAGUCAGCGUCCACAGAGUAACCAUAGUACGGAUUUACCCAUGAUGUCUCAUCAAAAUGAGGGCCCAAUCUUCGAGGGAGCUGGUAACCCCAUGAUCAACGGGCCGCCUCCGUCGGAAGUAGGUCCCCUCGACGAUCUCCGCUACAGAACUGGCUCGACCAUUCAGGCUGGUAAAGAUUCGAAUAUGGUCUCGAUGUCAAGUAAUGACCCAUCUGCGGUGGCUCGAGCGCCCGUAUCUCGGCUAUCCGGCACGAUGGAGGCACCCAACUGGACUGUAUCGAACUCCAUUGCAGAUUCCUUUGACAGGGAUAAGAGUUCUGAUAAGAGACCUCUUGCUUCAACGGAGAAGAAUCAAAGUUCAAAUGGCGAUUACCAAGUAGUUGAAUUGUCUCAAGAUCAACUACUUGUCGAGUUUCAAGAGAACUCAUCAAGAAAUCCACCAAACUGGGCCUUUAUGAAAAAGGUUUACAACGCAGUUAUCGCACUAUUGAUUGUCCUUAAUAGCGGCAUAUCAUCUGCACUCCCUAGUAAUGCAGUCCCCGCCAUCAUGCAGGACUUCCACGAGUCCGGAGACCAGCAGAAGGUCUUACCAACUGCCGUCUUUCUCAUCGGCUAUGUGGUUGGACCUCUGCUAUUCAGUCCAUUGAGUGAAACUAUUGGCCGAAAACCCGUUCUCGUCUGGUCUUUCAGUGUUUUCGUCCUCGCUACCCUUGGGUGUGCUCUGUCGCCUAAUUGGUCCUCUCUUCUCAUCUUUCGGACCAUUUGUGGUCUUGCCGGGGCCGCUCCGCAGACGGUGGUAGGUGGUAUUUACGCGGAUCUGUUUUUUGAUCUGCGAAGUCGUGGUCGUGCGAUGGCGAUGUAUAUGUCGGCUUGCAGUUUUGGUCCGAUUUUAGGCCCCAUUAUCUCCGGGUGCUCGGUCCAAUAUGGCUGGAGAUGGACUUUCAGGAUUGACCUGAUUCUGACAGGUAUUACUUGGUUGGCUCUGCUCUUCACGUCUGAAACUUUUGGCCCAGCACUUUUGAAGCGACAGGCUGCCAAGUUGAGAAAGGAUUCAGGAUCCAAACGAUACUUCUCGCGUCAGGAGCUCAAUCUGGACUCGAGAUUCACUCUGGUGGAAAAUAUCACUCGUCCCAUCACAAUGCUCUUCUUCGAGCCUAUCAUCACCUCCACCGCCAUCUAUAUCGCCAUCGCAUAUAGUCUGGUAUUCUUUUAUUUCCAAGCCUAUCCCAUCAUCUUUGGGGGUGUCUAUGAUUUCACCAUCGAGCAAACUUCCCUCACAUACAUCCCAAUUGGCGUAGGCGCAGCAUCUUCCGGCUUCGUCGCUCUCUCCUACGACCUGAUCUACGAAAAAGCCAAAAAGCUCAACAAAGUAUGGACCUCCAGCCCAGAAUACCACCGACUCCCUAUGUCCUGCAUCGCCGGGCCCUGUCUAACAGUGAGCAUGUUCUGGCUCGCCUGGACAGCAAAGCCCACCGUGCACUGGGCAGCGCCUGUGAUGUCAGGGUUCAUCUUUGGGUUCGGAUUCCAAACCAUCUUCAUUUCACUUCUUACCUAUGUGACCGAUGCAUACAGGAUUUACUCUGCCAGCGCCCUGGCAGCUUCGGUUAUUGUGCGGAGCAUUGCUGGAGCGCUUUUCCCGCUGGCUGCUGAGUCGCUCUAUAACUCUUUCGGGGUUUCUUGGGCUACUUCUCUCCUUGGGUUUGUAAGUCUAGCGUGCAUUCCGAUUCCGUUUGCUUUGGUGCGCGGGGGACCUUGGAUUCGGGAGAGAAGUCCCUUCUGUCAGAGGUUGAUGGUGGAGGAGAAACUCAGGGCUAAUAGGUCGAAGACUCCUGCGCGGGUAUAG